CCGAUCAGCUGUUUUGUUAUUGGUACUCCUGACCAGGUUGAAUGAUGGCAGCUACGUUUGGUCGCUUCAGCAAAGCUCUUGUGACGUCCAGCCGAGGCUUCCUAAGGCCUCGAUGGCUCCAUUCAGCUUCGGGAGUAGGCCCUUGGCAACAGAAAAAUGUGCCUCAGCUGGAAGAGACACUUGGAUUCCUCCCCUCCCCCCUCACUGUGCUUUCUGAUGAGGAGCUUAUGAUGAAAGAAACAGUGGCAAAAUUUGCUCGUGAACAAGUUGCCCCCCUAGUAAGCAAGAUGGACGAAGAAGGCUGUUAUGAUCCGUCACUUGUAAGAGGCAUGUAUGAAAAUGGGUUUAUGGCCAUUGAGACUGAACCUGAGUAUGGAGGCUGUGGAUCAACAUUUUUUGUGGCAAAUUUGGUUAUUGAAGAGUUAGCCAAGGUUGACCCAUCUAUAAGCUUGUUAUGUGACCUCCAGAACACACUUUUCAACACUUUAUUCCGCAAAUAUGGCACAGAAGAACAAAAGCAAAAGUACCUCCCAAAGCUGGCCACAGAAAUGACAGGAAGCUUCUGUCUCUCUGAGGCAGAAUCAGGGUCUGAUGCCUUUGCAUUAAAGACUGUGGCAGUGAAAGAUGGGAGCAACUAUGUCAUUAAUGGUUCCAAAAUGUGGAUAUCUUCAGCACCACAGGCUGGUGUAUUCCUUGUGAUGGCAAAUGCCAAUCCUUCUGCAGGCUACAAAGGUAUCACCUGCUUUAUCAUUGAUGCUGGAACCCCUGGCUUAUCAAUUGGCAAGAAAGAGGAUAAGUUAGGUCUCAGGGCCUCUAAUACAUGUGCAGUACAUUUUGAUAAUGUUGUGGUACCUGAAGAAAAUAUUCUUGGAGAAUUUGGACAUGGUUAUAAAUAUGCCAUUGGGAUGUUAAAUGAGGGACGUAUAGGUAUUGGUGCCCAAAUGGUUGGUUUGUCUCAGGGAUGCCUCGAUGCCACCAUUCCAUACCUGCUUCAGCGUAAACAGUUUGGGAAAGCUCUGUUUGAUUUCCAGGCUGUGCAACAUGCAGUAGCAUACCUGGCUACAGAAAUUGAAUGUGCAAGACUACUUGUGUAUAAUGCAGCUCGACUGAGGGAAGCAAAACAACCUUUCAUUAAACAAGCUGGAAUGGCAAAGCUUUACAGUUCAGAGGUGGCCACUCGUGUUACAUCCAAGUGUGUGGAGCUUAUGGGUGGUGUUGGUUUUACCAAAGAUUACCCAGUUGAGAAGUUUUAUCGAGACUGCAAAAUUGGCACAAUUUAUGAGGGAACAUCACAUAUUCAGUUGAACACUAUUGCAAAACUUGUUGCGCAAGAUUAUGUAGCAUAAUUAUUGUAACAAAGAAAGGAUAAUGUUUUGCAUAUAUUUAGGAUGUUAUAGCUUAGAUUGAUUGUGACAAAAUAUAAUUAAAAUUCAGCCAAACAUUUUCCUUUACUUUUAUCAUGAUCUUAUGAUGUUAUUUGAUCAAAUAUAGAGAAUGUAACUGAACAUGCUUUGUGAUGCAUUGAUUCAGAAGGUACUGUAGUAAUAUCCUAGACAUGGGAUUGUUUUAUGUUGUGAUAUUAUAUAUUAAGUUAAAAAUAUUAAUACAUUAACUAUGGGUUGGUAUGAAUGAUUUAAACUUUCAUUUAUUAAAAGAGAAACGACAAAUAAGCAUAAAUAUUUCCUAUUUAGUGCAUGCUACUUGGUGGUAGUUGUUUUAUUAUUGGUUAUUACUUUGAUUAAUGUACUAAUAUUCGGUCAACCCUUAUUCUCAAAACCUACUCACACUAGCACUUUUUCUUUAAUUUGUUACUGUUUAGCUUGAAUUUGACUUUUUACAAGGAAGUGGAUAUGUAUGAAUUGAAACAAUUUGUCAAUCUGAUAGGUUUAAGCCAUUUGCAUAUACAAAGGUCAUAUGGAAGCGCAGAAAUUAAUGGAAAACUGCUAGGAUGAUAGGGCCUUUAGAAUUAUGAAUAGUACCUGUUAGUUUGUAGAGUAUUCAUUGUAUGUAGAGAAACGUUUGAAUGAGAAUAACUGUCUUUACAGUGCAAGAUAUGUGUUUGACUGGUUUCAAUUAUAUCCUCAUCAGAAAAUGCAUACAUCAGCAAGAUUAUGAAGCAUACAUGUAUCAGACAUGAGCUUAAAAAAACUGAUAUCUGUUACCUGUCAGUCAUUACUUGUAUACUUGUUGCAACGAGCUUGGAUAAUUUGAAAUGCAGUGUUUACAUGCUCCUCCGUCUCAAUGUGUGAAGCUUCAGUUAUUUUAAUUUUUCAUUACAUCAAAUGAAUUUUAACUCAAAUAUGCCAGGUGGUUCUUCAUCUCAUAUCUGAUAUGUAUGUGGUAUGUAUUUCUGAUAAAAAUGCAAUAAAAACUGGUCAGAUACAUAUCUUGUAUUGUGAAAAUGUCAGUUUUCAUUCAUAUAAGAAAUAUAUUAGGUUAUUUUUUCAAGGAUUUCAUAUAGACAGUUUUUCUUUGCUGCUGAAAAAAAUAUAUUGUAAUAAUGUUCUCCCCUGACAAUAUAUUGAAUAUACUUACAGAAAAUGAAAUAGUACUUUUCAAA